ACACUGCUUGCAAACAGCUGUCGUACAUUUUGUUUGUUAUGAGGCGACUUUUUAUAAACUUUGUUUCGUCUUAGCCAAAACAAACAGGCAUAAACUCGCACUCUUUAAAAUAGUAAGCGGUUGAGGCGAAAAGCGUUAUUGGUCAUGGCCGAUGAGCCGUCAAAUGCGAUUGCCACGCCCCCGACGCCCAGCGAACAAACGCCCUAUAUAUUUAAGCUUAACAAUGAUUGCCUGGAAUGUAUAUUUGAGCGGCUGCAGGAUCUUCGCAGCGAGGUAGCAUUUGCCAGAGUUUGUCAACGAUUUCAAUGGAUAUGCUUAAACCGAUGGCGCGGCUCACAUGCUUACGAUCAGCUCGAUAUGGAAAAGUGGCGCGAAUUGUUGCCAAACUAUGAGGAUCUGUGCUAUUUUAUUAAACAAAUGCGCCCCUUUAUAAGGCACAUGACUGUGUCGAGCUGUCUGUGCACGUUAAUAAAGGAUCUGGACGAAAUGCAAAUUUAUGUGCUGCCCAAUGUAACCAGCUUCUAUUAUGAUCCAGAAGAUAUGGACUGUUAUCCAUCGGAUCGUAGCAUAUGCAAAAUGGCUAAAAUGAUGCCAAAUUUGCUACGAUUGCGUCUAACGACACCUAUUCAGGGGCGUUAUCUGUCCAACUUUCGACAUCUGCAGGAACUUCAUUUGUACGAGGAUCAGCAUAAGGCAUAUGAAUUGCAGCAGGAAUAUCUGGAUGAGAUCUGCAGCCAAUUGCUUAAUCUGCAAGUGCUGGACAUACGCAUGUAUGAUGUUAUAAGCAAACUGCGUCUUAAUAAUUGCGUGGACUACCUCCAGAAUCUCAGCAUCUUAAAACUUAACUUGGCCACAUUAAAAUCGGUUUUAACAGAGGUGCUAAAGCUGCCAGCGCUUAAGCAGUUGGUGGUUCUGCUGGACACCGAGUGGUGCAUACCACCAAUGGCUAGUGUGGACAGUUACGAUCACAAAAUUCGCGAAGUACGAGAAUUCUAUGAUAUAAUGGAGCGCAAGGCACCGGAUAUUAUAGGCGUUGCGGUCGAUGGCUAUUACAUGCCUCUGGAGCCUGGCUGGGAUGCGGAUUUAUCAAUUUGGUCUCAUCGGAAGCUACAGCGUUUGGCAAUUUGUAGCUGGACACAUGCCGUUGACUUUCUGGAGCGGUAUACCUGCAUGACAAAUCUCCAGCUGCUCUGCCUGCGCAACUGGACAUAUUUGUGCGAUGAUAUUCUACUCAAAUUCAUCGAACUGUGUCCACAUCUACAUCAUCUUGAUGUGUCGUAUUGUCGGGAACUGACGCCCAAUUUUCUGCAACGCGCACUCAACAUUUUGAAGCAACGCGAACCAAACAAACAGAAUAAUAAAUUCAUGCGCACACAACCACUACUAAUCUAUUAUGUUCUAUGUGGUUUCGAAGAUUAUGUUGAUGUGAAGGAGCUUAAACAUUCACCAGAAUACAAGGAAUACAUAAUGUUUAUGGACGCCUUUCCUGUUAGCUCUGAACGGGGCCUCAGUUUCGUAGAUCGCGGAUAUCAGUUUGACUUUGAGUAAAACGGCCGGCAGCCAAAUUCUUUUGUACAUAACAAACAACUCAUCAGUUAUUGUAAAUUCUCUAGUUUCGUGACAUACAUAUAUUGUAAAUUUAUGUUUUGUGUUAAGCAACAGACAAACAACAAGCAAAUUGCAGACACAGCAUUAUUAAUUAUGUACAUAAAGUUCUAUGUACAAUUUAUUAAAGUUCACUUAAA